AAUAAAGAGACGGAAAUAAAGAAGAAUUGACGAGAAGAAGAGGAAAGAAAGCGGAGGUAGCAAUAAGUAGAAGACCUUUGAAGUUGAUUAGUGAACGAAUCCGCUGGAUUGAGAUUUCUACAAGUUUCUAAAACGAACAAAGGAAUUUAUUAUCUGGUAAUUGCGUGAGGUGAAAUAUUAACGGAAGUUCGUCGAGCAGAAAUUCGUUUUUUUUUACAACAGUUGAUACCUCAAUUUAUUGUAUGAGUCAAAAAAUUGAAAGACCAGUACUAUCAGGUCAGCGCAUCAAGACCAGAAAAAGAGAUGAAAGAGAGAAAUAUGACCCAACGGGAUUCCGUGAUGCGGUCAUUGCUGGUCUUGAAAAAACUGAAGGUGACUUGGAACAAAUCUUUAAAUAUCUAGACAGCGCUGGUAACAAACUUGAUUAUCGUCGCUACGGCGAAGUACUAUUUGAUAUAUUAAUAGCCGGUGGUCUCUUAGUUCCGGGAGGAUCAAUCUCUCAGGAUGGCGAGAAGCCCCGCACAACAUAUUGCAUAUUCGAAGCAAGCGAAGACAUUGAGACGAUGCGUAAUCAUGAGCAGGUAUUCGUCAAGCUCAUGCGCCGAUAUAGGUUCUUGGAGAAGAUGUUCGAAGAGGAAAUGAAGAAGGUGUUAGUCUUCAUUAAAGGCUUUACACCGAGUGAACGUACCAAACUUGCGCGUAUGACAGCGCUCUGGUUAGUUAAUGGUUCUGUGCCCCCGAAUGUGCUGUUGGUAUUGAACAACGAGCAUUUGAUUAAAGAUGGCAUUGCUCUCGACUUCCUUAUCGAGGUAUUUGUCGCUUUCAAACAAGAGAAGGGCAUUGCAUAUCUGGUUCAAGCACUUAAAAAGGGUGGACUUGAAAGCAAACUAAUGGACUUUUUCCCACCAAACAAACGUACUGAAGAAUAUUUAAAACAAGUUUUUCUUGAAAAGGAAUUAACUGAAAUUAUAAAAUUACACAAAGCUCAGGCCAGUCAAGAGGCCAAGCGUGAACUGCAACAAACGCUAAUCGAUGAUAUACAUGACGAGAAGGCACACUCAGAAAUCACAGCCGAUAUUAAAGAAUUCGCACUGCGUAAUAACAUUCCCGAUCACGAGAUUAUAAUCAUUAUUUGGUCGACUAUAAUGUCGCUCGGUGAAUGGAACAAGAAGGAGGAGCUGGUCACCGAUCAAGCAGUGCGCCACCUCAAAGCCUAUUGUCCAUUGUUGCAGGCUUUUGCCUCGACCGAUCGCUCCGAGUUGGCUCUAAUAUUGAAGGUACAGGAAUUCUGUUAUGAAAAUAUGAACUUCAUGAAAGCCUUCCAAAAGAUCAUAUUACUAUUCUACAAAACUGAAGUAUUAUCAGAGGAGAGCAUACUCCGAUGGUACAAAGAUGCUCACUCCAGCAAAGGCAAAAUGCAUUUCCUCGAACAAAUGCGCAAGUUUGUCGAAUGGCUGCAAUCCGCAGAAGAAGAAUCUGAAUCUGAAGAUGAACAAAAGGCACAAAGUAAUGGUGAAUAACAUAAUGAUGCUGGCAUUUUAGAUUGGUUAGGGGAGUAGAACACAACAACAAAGCCGAUAUUGUUGCAUGAACAUCGUUUAUCCUUAGAAUAAUACUAGUUAAGCUGAAGAUAGAAAAGUAAAGAAGCAAUGCAACGCAACUACAUCCACCAAGUCAACUGCUCCUAAAGCAAAUACGUACGUUAGCGACGAUGACAUCAGUACUGGCAGAUAACAAAAUGAAUUCAUUAUAUAUAUUCUACCACAUCUAACAUCAAAUAUAUAUAUAUAUAUAGAUACAUACCUACAUAACAUAAUAUAAAAUCGAUCAUAUUUCUCACACCAUAGCAAAAAUGUUUACACAAUUAUGUUUGGAACAUACAAAAAAUGAAAACAAGCAAUUAAAAUAUACCAUAUUAUACAUUAAAGAAAAAAACAAAAACAAAAACAUUUCUAUAUAGAAGUUAUAUCCAGAGAUUACUAUAAAUAUUGAGAGAGCAACACACUGCAAUAUAUAUUUGAGCCUUUGUAUGUAAUGAUGAAAUCCAAACUCCAAUAAUUUUUCAAAACUCUAACCCCAAAAGAAAACAUAAGCAAUUGAAUGAAAACACCAGUCAACAAAUAAAAUAUGCAAUUCGAACAAAUUAAAAAGUAAAAAUACACCAUACAAAAUAUUCAGUGAUAUAUUUUGGUGUAGAAAGCGUAAAAUUGCUGGAUGCACAACAACAAAUGCGUGCGAUUUUGCAAUCGCAUGUAUUUGUGUGUGCGUGUAGCUUUUGAUUCUAUUUAUACUCUUAUGUAUAAUUGAACUUAAUUGCCAAAUGGUGUGUAGCAAACAAUAGUGUAAAACAACAGGCCUAAUGAAAGUUAACAAGUUGGGUAUGAUUAAUAUUUAUUUUUUUGAUGUUUUUUUUUUUUUCUUGAAAGGCGUGUGUGUGUAUGCGUAUACAGCGCCCGACCAGCCAAAACACCUAAGCGAGUAAUAAAAUAACAAAAGAAAGGCCAUCAAAUUGCCAAAUUUAGGGCAAGAAACAAAAAAGCAAAAGCGAAACAGCAAGAAAGUUGUAAAAUAUACGUAUUAAUAACUAAAUAUAACGGAAUGCUAUAUAUGUAUGUGCAAAAAAUAACCGAACAGGAAAAAAGAACAAAUGAAAUUAAAUAAUAGUUAAUUAAUAUAACAUUAAAAACGGAGAAUAAUGUGUUUUAUCAUAAAAUAAAAAAAAUACCAUACAUAUUCCAAAUAAAUAACAAAAUAACGGUGUACAAGGAGAAA